AGACGUCUCCCGCGCAGGGGUCCAGGCUCGCCGCCAUCCUCCUCGGCCUCGCAGGGGUGCGCCGUGCCCCCGGGCGCGGCGCGAUGGAUGCCCAGUGUCACGAGCGCGAGGAGUGCGCCAGCCCCUGCACCUGCGCGUCGGGGGAGGCCAGCGAGGCCCCCCUGCUGGCGGAGCCGUGCCGGCCGUCGCCCUGGUCGCUGCCGGCGGCGGACGCGGCCGCUCUCGAGGAGGGCCGCCAUGGCGCGCCGCUGCGAGCUUGUGGCCUGGAGGGCGACGGCCUCAGGCGCGGCGCCUUCGCCGCGGCGGGCAUCCUGUCCGUGAUCGGCCUUGUGCUGCUGGGCGCCGCAGCGUGGUCGCCCGCAGGCUUCCCAGACAGGACGUCGGAGUUGUCUCAGCACGACAGCCCGGACGUCAUCGGUCUCAACGUCAUCGGCGUGCGCCCGACGACCCCAGCGCCGCGAGCGGAGUUGCCUCCGCAGGCACCCUUGCGCCCCCCGCCGGACUUCCCCAUCCAGCCGCCGCCGGGCUUCUACCCGGACUUGCCGGGCGCGUCGGAGGACGUGGACGAGGAGGAGGAGGAGGAGGCGCCGCCGCGGCCCCCGCUGCUGGACCUCCCCAUCGAGCCGCCGCCAGGCUUUUAUCCCGAGGGGUCGGGCGCGGCCGAGGAUUGGGACGCACAGCCCAAGCAGAUCUACACGAUGUGUGCGCCGCGCCCCCAGGGAAGGAGGAGGCGCCGCCGCGGCCCGCGGCGGACUUCCCCAUCGAGCCGCCGCCGGGCUUCUACGACCCGGACUUCCCCAUCGAGCCGCCCCCAGGCUUCUACCCGGACCUCCGGGAGGCACGCAAGCAGGCGGAGGGCGGCCCGAGCCCGGAGGCCGAGGGGCCCGCGCGCCGGAACCCGCUGCUGCGGGCGAGGAGGGUCGGCCCAGAGGGCGAGGCCGCCACGAGGCAGUCGCCCGAGGGCGGUGAGGAGAAGGGCUGGGUCGUCGAGGCGGUGCCCGCGGACCUGCCAGAGCCCCCUCGCGCGGCCCCGCCGCGGGCGAGUGACCCCGCGGGCUCGCUGGGCGAGGUGGAGCCUAUGUCGGGGCUGGCCAGGGCAGCGCCAGCCAGGAGAAUCGAGGACGUGCGAGCGGCGGACCCUUCGCUGCUGUCGCGACGCCUCGUUGGGCAGGCUGCUUGAGAAGGCACAUGCUGUACGAGCAUCCCGCCGACGAAGUCUCCUGGGCGCCAGGCUCAGGUAUUAUUCAGUCUGUCCGACAAGCUGGAUCCAACUGACUGACCUGAAUACACGGGGCAUGCAAUUAAAUGACGUUUUGCCGUAUCAGAAGUAUGGGCAAGGCGUGCGCUAAUAUAUUAGGCCGCUGACCUUGGAGAUCCUGCGAGCUCCUGGUUUAUUGUUGAUUAGAAAUUUGCUUGACUCGAGCCCGACUCAUGCACGUCUUGCCCGUGGGGUAUCGGCUUCCGUACCUCAGCGGGGUGCAUGCUCAGCAGCGAUCCCGAGAGUGAACCAGACCUUUGGAUCGGCUUCCCAGCUCCUCCCUCUCCUUCGUCUUUUCCAGACCCAUCGCCCUCUUCUGUUGCAUGUACUUUGUCUCCUCCGUAUUAUAGCGGAGCCCUCUAGUUUCAACCGACAAUGGGGUCGGAGGCUUUAAUUCGGUCGCUAAUCGCCUGUCUCACCGGUGUCGCCAAGAUCAUGCCCGCCGUUGGAAAAGAGAAU